AUGUUCAACUUCACUCCCCUGCUGGGCGCGCAGUCGACCUCAGCCGCAUCGCAGUCCCUGCUCGAGCUCGAUGGUGGCAUCAAGAUCCUCAUAGAUGUCGGCUGGGACGAGGGUUUCAAUGCUGAGAAGCUCAAGGAGCUUGAGAGGCAAAUCCCGACUCUCUCGGUCAUUCUUCUCACUCACGCAACGACCGCCCACCUUGGUGCAUUCGCUCAUUGUUGCAAACACUUCCCUCUAUUCGCCCGCGUUCCCGUCUACGCCACCACUCCCGUUAUAUCCCUAGGCCGGACUCUCCUCCAGGACCUCUACUCGUCGAGCCCUCUCGCAUCCUCCAUCAUCCCGGAAGCUGCCCUAUCCGACUCGGCCUACUCCUUCCCGGCCCUUCAAGGCGGCAGCCACCCCAACAUCCUCCUCCAACCUCCCUCCACCGAGGAGAUCGCACAUUAUUUCUCGCUCAUCAAUCCACUCAAAUACUCUCAACCCCAUCAACCCCUGCCUUCGCCCUUCUCCCCGCCUCUCAAUGGCCUCACCAUAACCGCUUACAGCGCCGGACAUACCUUGGGCGGCACAAUAUGGCAUAUCCAGCAUGGCAUGGAGUCGGUCGUCUACGCGGUAGACUGGAACCAGGCUAGAGAGCAUGUUCUUUCCGGCGCCGCUUGGCUGGGUGGCUCUGGUGCCGGCGGCGCCGAGGUCAUCGAGCAGUUGCGGCGACCAACCGCCAUGAUCUGCAGCAGCAGAGGUGCGGAACGCAUCGCUCUGGCUGGCGGCAGACAGAAACGAGACGAACUGCUGCUCAACAUGAUCAAGGAAACUGUGUCCAAUGGAGGCUCCGUGCUGAUUCCUUCUGACUCGAGUGCCCGCAUCUUGGAGUUGGCCUAUCUGCUAGAGAGUGCCUGGUCGGCCGAGCCUCACGCGCUUGGGAAUGCUCCUUUAUAUCUUACCAGCCGUACAUGUGGCGCAACAAUGCGGUACGCGCGAAGCAUGCUGGAGUGGAUGGACGAGGGCAUCGUGCGCGAGUUCGAAGUGGCCAGCAGCGGGCAGGGCGGGGACGAUGUCAAACGUACCAGGAAUCAACAGGGCAGGUCAAAGGACGGCAAGGAUGAUGCAAAGAAGGCCAACGCUCCAUUUGACUUCAGAAAUGUGAGGCUUCUAGAACGCAAAUCCCAGGUCAGUCGCAUGCUUUCCACGAACGGCCCGAAGGUCAUCUUGGCAAGCGACGUCUCGUUGGAAUGGGGCUUUUCCAAAGAAGCUUUGCGCAACCUCGCCGCAGACAGCCGGAACCUUGUCGUUUUGACUGAAAGGGUGGCGCAGCCCUCAGACUUGAAGAAAGGCCUCGGCAGAUUGCUUUGGGAACUUUGGGCCGAACGAAGCGGCGCCACCAAGUCCUCCGAGGCUGGCGAAGAUGCUGCCGUGCAAAGAGCUGGCGGUGCCGAGGCGACUGUGGAUGUGCCUCAGGCAACACCGCUCGAAGGCAACGAGGUCCCGUUGUACCAGCAUUAUCUCGCACAGCAGCGUCAACUGCACAACACUCUACAGCCUGACGGCGCAACUUCCUUGGAGACAGCAGCAGACGUCAUCGACGACCGCUCGUCGUCCUCCUCAGAGUCCUCGGAAGAAUCAGAUACCGAACACCAGGGAAAGUCGUUGAACAUUUCGGCAGCCAUGACGCACGCUCGACAAAAGCUGGGGCUCAGCGAUGCAGAACUGGGCAUCAACAUCCUGCUGCGCCGCAAGAACGUUCACGAUUACGACACUCGAGGCAAAAAGGGCAGAGAAAAGAUGUUCCCUUACGUUGCGAAGAGAAGGCGCGGAGAUGAGUUCGGAGACCUCAUCCGCCCUGAGGAAUACCUCCGCGCGGAGGAGCGCGACGAGGUGGAUGGCCAGGACAUGCGGAACGGCGCCGUGCAGAAAGAUGCGGCCGUUGGCCAGAAGCGCAAGUGGGACGAGCAGACAGGCAAGCCCGGUUCGGGCAAACGGCAGGCGGCGAACGGCACGACGAAACGUCGCAGACAACAGGAUGGCUCAGUGCAAGGCAGUGUGACCAAUGAUGAGCAGGCUGAAAACGAGGAUUCUGGGGAGUCUGAAGACGAGGCCUCUGAGGAGGUUGUUGCAGGCCCAUCCAAGAUCAUCUUCACGCAGGAGACUGUGCGACUUGAGUGCAGGAUCGCGUUUGUGGAUUUCUCGGGCCUGCACGACAAGAGAAGUCUGCAGCUGCUGAUACCCAUGAUCCGUCCGCGCAAGCUCAUUCUCGUUGGUGGCGAGCAGGAGGAGACGCUGGCACUGGCAGCAGAUUGCCGGAAGCUGAUUGAAGCAGCGACUGCUGAUACAACAGAGAGCGCAGUCGACGUUUUCACACCAACGGUCGGUGUCACGGUUGACGCAAGCGUCGACACGAAUGCCUGGACGGUUAAACUCAGUCAAAGUAUCGUUCGUCGUCUGCGUUGGCAGAACGUGAAGGGUCUUGGGGUCGUUGCGAUCACUGGGCGUUUGGAAGCGCUCCUUCCAGAGGAAGACGACUCGGCAACGGGAGAUGGCGGCAUCAAGAAGAAGGUCAAGGGUUCCAAGGGCGACAGUCAAGAAGUAUCGGACCAGAGCGAGGGGAACAAGCAGGUCAACAUAACGCCCAUUCUCGACAUCGUACCGGCGAGCAUGGCCGCUGCGACGCGCUCCGUCGCCCAGCCUUUGCAUGUGGGCGACCUGCGACUUGCGGACCUACGGAAGAUCAUGCAAUCGUCAGGCUUUGCGGCGGAGUUCCGCGGUGAAGGUACACUCCUCAUCAACGGCUCGGUGGUUGUCAGAAAGAGUGGGACAGGCAAGAUCGAGGUGGAGAGCAGUGGGUUCGGCGUCAUGGGGCCGGGGCGGCCCGACGGUACUUUUUACGCCGUCAAGAGGAAGAUUUACGAAGGCUUGGCCGUUGUGGCCGGGGGUUAA